GUCCUCAAAUCAGUUGUAGCAAAAUUUAAUGCUGCCCAAUUAAUCACAAUGAGACAGCAAGUCUCUUUGAUGAUCCGACGUGAUUUGACUCAGAGAGCAGAAGACUUCAACAUAAUCCUCGAUGACGUUUCCAUUACUGAGCUCAGCUUUGGCAGAGAAUACACCAGUGCUGUUGAAGCCAAACAGGUGGCCCAGCAAGAGGCCCAGCGAGCCUCUUUCAUUGUCGAGAGAGCGAGACAGGAGAGGCAGCAGAAGAUUGUGCAAGCUGAGGGUGAAGCUGAAGCUGCCAAAUUGAUUGGUAAUGCCAUUGGGUUGAAUCCAGGUUACCUGAAGCUUCGAAAGAUCAAGGCUGCUGCUAGCAUCGGCAAGACAAUUUCUCAGGCACAGAACAGAGUGUAUCUUGGUGCUGACACACUGAUGCUCAACCUGAAUGACAAGGAGUUUGAUGCCAGCGCACACCGUGUGACCAAUAAGUAAAACAGAUGUUUAGCCAAGAAAUAUGAAAGUUAAUGGGCAGUAGAGCAACUACAGUGUAUUGAAGACUUUUUGUCAGCCAUGCUAUAAUUUGAAUUAAUUUCUCCUUUUAUGAUUUUUUUUAUAGAAAAUCUCAUCAGUAUGUACCCCAGUGCUUUGAUUUGCAGAUACAUGUUUUUCCUCUUCUCUCACCUAGGUGUUAGAAGGUUAGACAACCAUACUGGUUUACUUGCCUUCAGUGGAUAUGUAUGGAAGGAUUUAAGUUUUGUUAGUUUAUAGUAAUAAACCUUGUUUUGUACAUGAAAAGUUGAGAGAUUCGUGGAUAUUUUCAGACAAAUGUACAUAUGUUAUGAAUUCAUUUGUCAAAGAUGUAUAUAGAUAGAAACAAAUAUGGGCAUCCACUUUUUUGCAAAUAAAUGUAUAGGGAAAGUU